UUAGUUAUUUUCUGUGGCAUUCACAUUCUUCAAUGGCCUUCCAUGGUACCACUACCUUCUCCUCCACUUCUCCAUAUCCCCCCAAAAGUGGUGCUCCCACAUCUAUAGCCCAAAAUGGAGGCACAAUUGAAUACCCAAACCUGAUUUCUGAAUCAACUUCUUUCAACAACUAUGUUGUGGAUGGAAUUCGCGCCAAACAAAUAGAGAAAUUUGACGAAAUUAGGCGAUUUCUCAGUGAACUUGAUGACCCAUUAGAGUGUAUGAUGAUGGUUGAUGCACUGCAACGCCUUUGCAUCGAUUGCCACUUCGAAAACGAGAUCAAUACAAUCUUUGACAAGCAUUAUGGAAGCCUUAAUGGUGGUGGCUUGCAUGAAAUUGCAUUGCAAUUUCGAUUGCUAAGGCAAGCUGGUUAUUUUGUUCCUACAGACGUCUUUGACAACUUCAAGGACAAGGAAGGACAGUUCAAAAAAGAGUUGAGUUCAGACACAAGAGGACUGAUGAGUUUAUAUGAAGCUUCACACCUUGGAGUAGAAGGAGAAGAUACACUUGAUCAAGCCAACUACUUCGCUCACAAGCACCUUAGUGAUGCUAAAAUCAGUACUACCCUCGAACCUGAACUAGCCAGAGCUGUGGGUGAUACCUUGGAGCAUCCCUUUCACAAGAACCUGGCUAGAUUCAAGGCCAGACACUACCACCUCAGCCCUCCUCCUCAAGGCACAUAUGGAUGGAGCAGCCUUGUAAACGAAUUUGCAAAGAUGGAUUUUAACAUGGUUCGAUCUUUAUAUCAACAAGAACUCCAGCAGAUUUUUACGUGGUGGAGAGAACUGGGUCUAUCACAGGAUCUGAAGUUUGCUAGAGACCAACCACUAAAAUGGUAUAUGUGGUCCAUCACAGCUCUCCCAGAUCCAAAGCACUCCCAGCUAAGAAUGGAACUCACAAAACCCAUCUCAUUGGUCUAUAUAAUUGAUGACAUUUUCGAUGUUUAUGGGACACUCGACGAGUUGAUUCUCUUCACUGAAGCAGUAAACAAAUGGGAGACUACCACCAUUAAGGAACUACCAGAAUACAUGAAGAUUUGUUUCAAGGCUCUUGACGAUAUCACCAAUGAAAUUAGUGAAAAGGUUCUUAAAGAACAUGGGUGGAACCCCAUAGGCACUCUGAGGAAAGCGUGGGGAAGCCUUUGUGAUGCAUUUCUAAUAGAAGCCAAAUGGUUCGCAUCUAAGCUGGUGCCUAAGUCAAAGGAGUACCUGGAGAAUGGUGUGAUAAGCUCAGGAGUGCCUCUGGUUUUUGCUCAUUUGUUCUUUCUACUAGGCCAAGGUCUAACAGAGGAGAGUGUAUGUUGUGUGGAAGGCAAUCCAGCACUUGUAUCUUGCACAGCGACAAUUCUUCGUCUAUGGGACGACUUGGGAAGUGCCAAGGAUGAGAAGCAAGAAGGACACGACGGGUCGUAUAUAGAAUGUUACAUGAAGGAACAGGAGGAGGGUUCUUCAUUUGAUCAAAGCCCACAAGAUCAAGUCUUUUGCAUAAUUUCAGAUUCUUGGAAGAAACUCAAUAGAGAAUGCCUUUCAAAAAACCAUUUCUCACCCACCUUCAAAAGGGCAUCACUUAACAUUGCGAGGAUUGUCCCUCUAAUGUACAGUUACAGUGACAGUAACCUUCCAACCCUUGCCAAGUAUAUCAACUCACUGUUCUAUGAAACUGUUACUUUCUAAUUGAUUUCAAAAUUUAUGAAUUACCUCUGAUUCCCUCCCCUCCCAUCUCAUCUCAUUACUCCUCACCACAGCCCUCCUCUGCCAACCUACCUCUCCUCCACCACUUGAUUGGUGAAGUCAGCAUGAUGUGAUGCUAAUGACUUCAUUUUUCUCUUCUUCUCCAACCGCUCUUAUUUCAACAGCUCUUUUUCACUGGUUCUAUUCCCUCCCCCCACCUCUGCAUCUCCCUCCACCGCCCCUGCUGAUAAGGAAUACUACACAGAGAAUGGAGUGGCAUUUGGAAGUUUAUAGGGAACCUUGUUUGGUUCCAAGGCAAAUAGAUAGAGAUAUACUACUUUAUCUGAAAAACAAUCACAAAUUCAAGCUGGGUCUAUGAAAUGAUCAUGUCGGAAGUUCAGAUCUCAAGCACUUUUUUUAGAUUCUCAAAUUGUAUGAUCAUCCAAGUGAUUUGUUUUCUUCAGUUACUGUUGAUCUUUUUUCCCCCCCAACAGAUUGAAAAUUCUUCAAAGGGAUAUCUAUUCUUCUAUA